AUGGAGAGCGGUGACCGGGACAUGUAUCGCCAGUUUCAGGACUGGUGCCUCAGGACUUACGGAGACUCGGGCAAAACCAAGACGGUGACCCGUAAAAAAUAUGAACGGAUUGUCCAGCUCCUGAACGGCUCAGAGACGAGCUCCACGGAUAAUGCCAAAUUUAAAUUCUGGGUCAAAUCCAAAGGCUUCCAGCUCGGCAGUCCGGACGAGGUCAGUGGUGGUGGUGGUGCUGCUGGUGGCGGAGGGAUGCAAGUGCUGUACGUGCCGGUCAAGACCACGGAUGGAAUUGGGGUAGAUGAAAAGCUAUCAUUAAGACAGGUAGCUGUUGUUGAAGAUUUCUUUGAUAUAAUCUACUCCAUGCACGUGGAAACAGGACCAAAUGGAGAGCAAAUCAGAAAACAUGCUGGACAAAAAAGAACCUAUAAAGCAAUUUCAGAGACCUAUGCCUUUCUACCAAGAGAAGCAGUGACACGAUUCCUAAUGAGCUGCUCAGAGUGCCAGAAAAGAAUGCAUUUAAACCCAGAUGGAGCUGAUCAUAAAGAUAAUGGAAAACCUCCAACAUUGGUGACAAGCAUGAUUGAUUAUAAUAUGCCAAUCACAAUGGCCUACAUGAAGCAUAUGAAGCUGCAGCUAUUAAAUUCCCAACCAGAUGAGGAUGAAAGUUCCAUAGAAAGUGAUGAAUUUGAUUUGAGUGAUUCUACCAGAAUGUCUGCUGUGAAUUCUGACCUCAGUUCAAAUCUCGAAGAAAGAAUUCAAAGUCCACAAAAUCUUCAAAGUCAGCAAGAUGAUGAUUCAGCUGCAGAGAGUUUUAAUGGCAAUGAGACUGCAGGACGCAGCUCUAACACUUCAGGUGGAACACACUGCAGGGAAGUUGCAGAAGCCAAUAGUAAUGGUAAAACAACUCUGGAGUUAGAUGAACAGCCUCUGAACCUGAGUGACAGUCCCUUUUCUGCUCAGCUUACUUCAGAAUACAGGUUAGAUGACCCAAACAGUGACGGAAAGAGCAAGUACAAGAACAUACUAGCAUCUGAUCUUAAGUUGGAGCAAGAGGCAAAAGAAAAUGGAAGCAAGUCACCUGCCCAUAGUUAUUCAAGCUAUGAUUCUGGCAAAAAUGAAAACAUGGACAGAGGUGCUGAAGAUCUCUCCCUGAACCGGGGAGAAGAAGAUGAUGAUGAGCAUGAUGAUCAUGAAGAUACUGAAAAAGUCAAUGAAUCUGAUGGGGUUGAAGCUGAGCGCCUGAAAGCUUUUAAUAUGUUUGUCAGGCUGUUUGUAGAUGAAAACUUGGACCGAAUGGUCCCAAUUUCUAAGCAGCCCAAAGAAAAGAUCCAGGCUAUCAUUGACUCAUGCAGGCGACAAUUCCCUGAAUAUCAAGAGCGUGCCAGAAAGCGCAUACGUACUUACCUCAAGUCCUGCAGGCGGAUGAAAAGGAGUGGUUUUGAGAUGUCAAGACCCAUUCCCUCCCAUCUUACUUCUGCAGUAGCUGAGAGUAUCCUAGCUUCUGCCUGUGAAAGUGAAAGCAGGAAUGCUGCAAAGCGCAUGCGAUUAGACCGACCACAGCAGGAUGAGCCUGCUUCUGCUGACAAACCAUUUAAACAGGAACCAACCCAGGUCACAAACUCAACAUCAGUUUCCAGUACACAGGAGGUGCUGUACAUCAAUGGAAAUGGGACCUACAGUUACCAUAGUUACAGAGGGUUAGGAGGAAGUCUGUUAAAUCUCAGUGAUGCUUCUACUAGUGGUCCAACUGAUCUCAGUAUGAAGAGGCAGCUAGCAAGCACUUCCGGGUCUUCUAGCAAUACCAGCUCUAGACCUCAGCUGAGUCCAACUGAAAUUAAUGCAGUACGGCAACUGGUUGCAGGAUAUAGAGAAUCAGCAGCAUUUUUAUUACGUUCUGCAGAUGAACUGGAAAACCUUAUUUUGCAGCAGAACUGAGACACACAUUAUUAUCUUGCUGAUCUAGUUUU